UUGUGCGAAUGGCGAAUUAAGUGUCAAGCGUGUAACAGAUUGAUUUGAAUGCGUAUAUACGUUGUGAGCAAUCGCACUUAAAAUACUCAGUUUGAUAAUUUAGAAAAUUUUUAAGCUUAUAUAUAUAUAUUAUGUAUAUUCGAUUAUCUAUCAACAAUUUUGUCGCCUUAACUACACAUUGAUAUCAUUAAUAAUAGAAUAUACCCAAAUUUUUAUAUUCAAUUUCUAAUAUCUAGUAGUUAAAAAAUCCUUACGAAUCGCGCUGCUUCUGUAGCUCUCUAUAUAGCUGACAUUACAUCGUCAAUUAGUUAAUAUCAUAAAUUUAACAAUCAAUUUACUAUGGUUUUAAACCUCAUAAUUUUAAACUUUCAAGUCCUACCUACUUAGUGCCCACAAGUCCAUUGGCCCUUACAUCCUCGUCUUAUCUUUGUCAAUUCCACUUGUGGAAUGCAUAAUGCUUUAGUCCGAAAUAUUCAAUGUCAAAUGAAUAAUUGUAACGGUGCAGUUUUUCUGGAUUGAAUCACAAUAGGAUGUUACUUUCAUAUUUGCAAGAAUUUCAGUGCCAUAUAUUCAAGUCAAUUGUUUUACGUAAAAUUUGUGUGAAUAGAAUGAUUUCGAAAUACUAUGUAAAAUCUCGUCAAUCUGAUGCGAAAGAUUUUAAAAUCCUAAAAAGAGAAGAGUAUAGAGAAGAAAGUUAAUUGUAGUAGAUGGAAUUUAAUAUUUUGAAAAAUGGAUGCUGGAUUAGAUUCAUCAAAGUAUGAAUUAGAAUCUAUUACAUCAACAAAUGAGUUUAGAUCUAAUCAUCUUGCAACACCAGAUGAAACAAACAUAGACUUAUCAAAACGUAUAGCCUUACUAGAAUUAGAUAACGAACAUUUAAGAAUCGAUUUAGAAAAUUUGAAAAUAGAACUAAAUGCCAAAAAUGCUGCCAAUCAAGGACUAAAAAAUAAGAUAGCAGAAUUGUAUAUCGAAGCUUGUAUUUCUAUGCAGGAGAAGCAAAAACUUCAUAAUUCUGCAAUAGAUAUACAAUGUCAUCUUGCUGCUGCUAAAAAUUCAUUAGAAUGGUAUCAAAGACAACUACAUGAUGCACAAGCCAAUAACAAGAUUUUACAAAUAGAAAUAGAUACAUAUGAAAGUAUGUUAAAAAAGAAGCAUCAAACCUUAAUUAAUAUUAAUGCUAAAUGGAAGCAGUUAAAUGAAGAUUUCUUAAUCUUUAUACAAAAGCAUAAAAAUGAAAAGGAUAUAUUACAAGCGGAGAUUACAUCAUUAAAAAUAAAUAAUAAUAGUAUUAAGACUUGCAGGGCAGUGCUGUCGGACUUAGAAGAAUCAACGGUGUCAAUAGCCAUACACAAAAGCGUAUCGAACAAACUAGAAUCGAUGGAGGAGGAACUCGUGGUUGCGAGAACGGAGUUACGAAAGCUCGAGCAACGCUUGAUCGGUUCGGAGAUAGAGAAAGCUUCGAUGGAGUGUACUUUCGAUAAGCAGCAAACUCUCCUAUCUACCGUAGAAAAUAGCCUGCAGAGGUGUCAAAAUGAGAAGGAGGAAAUAGCAGAGACCGCAUGUGAGCUACGUCUUCAACUACAGGAGAUGAAUUCCCAGAGCGACAUACAGCAGAUUCAUCUGAUGCAGAUCAGGCAGGAGCGCGAACAGGUUGAAGAUGCCAUAGAGAAGUUGCGCUCGCAGCUAACAAAAAUGAUAGUCCAGUAUAAGUUGUUGAAAAGCAGAAACGUUGAGUUGGAAGAGAAAUUAAACGCUGUGCAAGCUAUCUACAAUGAGAACAAAAGACUAAAGUCACUAUCCUAUUCAGCCAAUGCAUCUCUCUUCAGGAGAUUGAGACAAGAAAAGAAAAAGACCAACGAUUUGGAGAUACAGCUCUAUCAGGAACGCAAUAAGCAGCGAGUUCUUAUUAAUGAUUUAAAAAAUCAAUUAAAAUUCACCAAGAUGUCUGAAGAUAAUCUUGACGAAGGCUAUGCCGAUGGCAGCAUAUCAAGCUUUGCAGUUGCCAGUUUACCUUCCCCGAAUCUCAUCAAUCCAGAAUUACUCAUCACCAUUAAUGAUAUAUUAUCCAAGAGUGAAAACUUUUGGGAACCGAUACAAAUAGAACUCAAUAAAUUAUACUUGAAGUUCGAAAACUACAAAGGUGAAAAAAUUCAUCAGCCAAACAAUUGCCACAAUAUUCCAUCAUUAUCGAACAAUGAUCAAUCAGUAUUUUAAGAAAUUGAAUGUAUAUGAAAAUAUAGUUAAUUUAGCUAGUAAAAUCAUGUUCUUGCACUAUUUGCUCAAAUAUCUGCAAAUACCAAGUUAUAAGUAAAA